AAAAGGCAGUGCGGUUCUCCCUUUUAGAACAACUUCAAGUUUGAAGACUGUCACUCGCAGCUUUUGACACACACACAAUCAUGGUUAAAGCAAAGACAUGGAUCCUCAAAAAACAUUUUGAGGGCUUUCCUAAGGAAAGUAACUUUGAACUGAGAGAAGAAGUUCUGCCAGAGCUUCAAGAUGGGGACGUGCUUGUGGAGGCCAUUUAUUUCAGUGUUGAUCCUUAUAUGAGAUCUCUGAGUAAAAUGUGGAUGAAAGAAGGGGAUGUACAGUAUGGAUCUCAGUUGGCAAAGGUACUAAAAAGCAAGGACCCAGCAUUUCCUGAGGGAUGUCACGUGGUUGCUGAUUGUGGGUGGAGGACACAGACUGUAACCAAAGCGAAUGGUCCAGCCGGGCCCAUCUUGACCCGGAUAGUAUCCGAAUGGCCCAGUGACAUUCCAAUGUCCCUAGCCCUCGGUUCCUUAGGGAUGCCUGGCUUAACUGCUCUGUAUGGCCUGGAAGAGGUGUGUAAGAUACAGCCAGGUGAGACGGUUCUGGUGAGUGCAGCAGCAGGUGCUGUGGGUGCAAUGGUGGGUCAAAUCUGCAAGAUCAAAGGCUGCAAGGUUGUGGGAUCAGCAGGAGGCGACGACAAGGUGGCAUACCUGAAGGAACUGGGCUUUGACCAUGCCUUCAACUACAAGACUGUCUCAUCACUGGAGGAAGCACUGGAGAAAGCUUCACCGGAAGGAUACGACUGCUAUUUUGAGAAUGUGGGAGGGCCAUUCUUUACUGCAGCACUGAAAAAGAUGAAGCCAGGCGGUCGUAUCGCUGUCUGCGGUGCAAUAGCCACGUACAAUGACACAACACCUCAGAUGUGUCCUUAUCCUCACCAUGAAAUAAUUACACGGCAACUGAAAAUAGAAGGCUUUAUGGUGAGAAGUUGGAGACACAAAGAUGAAGAAUCUGUGAAGAGAAUGCUUAAAUGGAAGAAUGAGGGCAAGCUGAAGACGAAGGAAGUGGUCACUGUUGGCUUUGAAAACAUGCCGAUUGCCUUCAUGAAGAUGCUGAAGGGUGAUGGACUUGGGAAGGCUAUUGUUAAAGUCUGAAGCAUGCUUAGAUAUGCAUCUGUUGUCUUUUCCAAAUAAAAAAUAGCCUAUAUACACAUGCAUAAAAAACAUGUAAGAUCUGCUGAUCUUACAUCCUUGCAUAACAUCACAUGAAAAACUACUGGAAAGUACAUUGUAUUUAGCAAUUAAGGUAAAGAUGAUUGAUUUGUUUUGGUUAAGCAAAGAUUUUGGCAAUAAGUUCCUGCCAGUCCUGUUCUCUUUAUUGUAAGUCAAAUGAGUCAGAUUACUGAGAUUCACCUGUUGUUUUUAAUGGCUCUUGGAGCCCCUGACCAAUUCUUUGAAUAGCUAUGAUUGGAUUAGGACUGGUAACACUCUAGAGUCUACUGUGGGUUCCUAUACCAUUUGCAUGCUUUGUUUAAGGUCUUCAGCCAGGUGCUUUGUAUCCAAUUCUAAGCACUGCCUCCUAAAAUCUACAAACUACAAUGUACACUGUCUUAGUUAGACUUGUUUGUGUUCUCAAUAAAGAAUCCUGCUGAAGAUACAGUA